AUGUCUCGUUACGAAAGCAAAGGCGAUCACGGAGGAUCGUCAGGUUACGACGAGUUCAAAGAUCGGAACUCCAAUCAUCACAGGCAUAAAUUCCGUGGGUCAGAAAAUGAGAGAUUUAGGCCUAGGGAGCAAGACCGAGAUAGGGAAAAGGAUCGAGAUCGCCAUCACAGGGACUACAAGGAGAGAAGUGUUAGGGGCGGUAGAGGAAGGAGCAAGAAUGAGGAUUACGGCCAACCUAGGAACCAUGAAUAUGGCAGGCGCCAUGAUUUUGAGCGAGAUAGGGAACGACAGCACAGACAUAGAUCCCGAUCCCGAUCGAAGGAUAGAUCAGAGAACCGAUCAAAAUCUCAUUCUCAUUCACCUUCUCGCUCAAAAAGCAAGCGGACAAGUGGUUUUGAUAUGGCACCGCCUGCUGGCAUUUUACCUGAUCUUGCAGGGCAACUGCCAGGGGUUCCUCAAGCAAUGCCUGGAAUGUUCCCAAACAUGUUUCCUUUUGGGAACACACAGGUUAAUCAGUUUGGAACUCUGCCCUUGAUGCCCGCCCAAGCCAUGACUCAGCAGGCUACAAGGCAUGCACGCCGAGUAUACGUUGGUGGCCUUCCCCCAAAUGCUAAUGAACAGGUUAAUCAGUUUGGAACUCUGCCCUUGAUGCCCGCCCAAGCCAUGACUCAGCAGGCUACAAGGCAUGCACGCCGAGUAUACGUUGGUGGCCUUCCCCCAAAUGCUAAUGAACAGGGAGUUUCUGUGAGGGUGCGGAGGCCUACAGACUACAACCCUUCAUUAGCUGCAGCACUUGGUCCGAGCCAACCAAAUCCUCAGCUGAAUUUAGCUGCUGCAGGACUGACAAUAGGCACUAUUGGUGGAGCUGAGGGAGUUGACCGUAUUUUUGUUGGCGGGUUGCCAUACUACUUCACUGAGGAACAGAUAACGGAAUUGCUAGAGUCAUUUGGAUCUUUGCGUGGGUUUGACCUUGUUAAGGAUAGAGACACAGGAAACUCUAAGGGAUAUGCUUUCUGCGUCUAUAAGGAUCCAGCAGUUACGGACAUUGCUUGUGCUGCUUUAAAUGGCUUGAAGAUGGGUGAUAAAACACUGACUGUUAGACGUGCGACCAUCAGCAGCGGGCAAGUGACAUCAGAGCAGGAAAAUAUAUUAGCUCAGGCACAACAGCAUAUAGCCAUACAGAAAAUGGCCUUGCAAGCCAGUGGUAUGAAUCUUCCUGGAUCAGGUAUAGGGCCCAUAGCUACUGCUGAGACUCCAACCAAAAUUUUGUGUUUAACUCAGGUGAUUUCGGCUGAUGAACUGGUGGAUGAUGGAGAAUAUGCGGAAAUAUUAGAGGACAUGAGGGAAGAAGGCGGGAAGUUUGGACACCUGAUGAAUGUCGUUAUUCCCCGCCCAGAUCCCAAUGGAGAGGCAGUCCAAGGUCUUGGAAAGGUGUUCUUGGAAUAUUCUGACACUUCUGGUUGUGCCAAUGCAAGAGACUCACUCAGUGGCCGGAAAUUUGGAGGCAAUACUGUGACUGCUGUCUAUUAUCCAGAAGACAAAUAUAAAGAUGCAGACUACGGUGCCUAA